AUGGAUGCGCAAACGUUUUACAUUUUGAUGACAUCCAAUUUAUCUGUUCUUUUUCUUUUGCUGAGUGUACUUUUGGGUGUCAUACUUAGGAAUCCACUGUCACUCUUUGCCACACUUACUGCGAGGAUAAAGACCCUUCUCAGCAAUCAAACUGUCAACAUCCCAGAAAAUGUAGACAUCUGUUUGAAGGGACGCACCGUUAUUGUGAAGGGCCCCAGAGGCACCCUACGGAGGGGCUUCAAUCACAUCAAUGGGGAACUCAGGCUCCUCGGAAAGAAAAAGAAGAGGCUCUGGGUUGACAAAUGGUGGGGAUAUAGGAAGGAACUGGCCACCGUUUUCGCUGUCUGCAGUCAUGUACCGAACAUGAUCAAGGGUUUUACACUGAGCUUCUGUUACAAGAUGAGGUCUGUGUACGCUCACUUCUCCAUCAAUGUCGUUAUUCAGGAGAAUGGUUCUCUUGCUAGAAACAGAAAUUUCGUGUGUGAAAAAUACACCUGCAGGGUUCGGAUGAGGUCAGGCGUUGUUUGUUCAGUAGCUCAAGCCCGGAAAGAUGAGUUGAUUCUUGAAGGAAAUGACAUUGAACUUGUAUCAAAUUCAGCUGCUUUGAUUCAGCGAGCCACCACAGUUAAAACAAAGGAUAUCAGAAAAAUGUUGGUUGGUAUCUAUGUUUCUGAAAAAGGCACAGUUCAGCAGGCUGAUGAAUAAGAUCUAAGUUGUUCAACUAUAAGAACUGCAAGAUGCCAAAUGAUUCCUCAGACUUA